AUGGGCUGUGUUAAUUCCAAGGAGAACAGGGAUGCCAGCAAUCCUAAAUCCAGUAGCAAUGCCGAAAAAGAUUUUAAAUUCAUGUCAACGGAACAGCUGGCAGAGGAGUUGAAAACAGCUGUUGACAGAGGAGAAGGCAAAACAGCAGUGAGUAUCAUCUGUGCCUGUAAAGAAACACCAGUUGCAUUGAAUGAAGCAUUCAAAGAGAAAUACCAGCAGAGCAUUCCAGAAGCAUGUGCCCACAAACUCCAAGACCCUGUGAAAUUUGGACUCGCUUUACUAUUUGAGGAACCAGUCAAGGCCAGUGUAGUUUACCUGAAAGAAUGCAUGGAACACAGGGAUUUGGAAAGUCUGUGUGAGAUGGCGAGCUGUGAUGAGGAAGAUGUGGAGGGUUUGAGUGCUGAGUUUACAAAACAGUGUGAAGGACAAACCCUGGCUGAUGCAUUACAAAAUGGAAACUUUGGAGAUAAAGAUACUGUUGAAGCUUUAAACUCACUGAUAGAGUUUCAGAGUAGCAUGGAAUCCACUGAGUGCGUGGAAACUGAAACUGUCAUAUCAGCUGUAGAAAGUGGGAAUCUCUUUCAUGGAGACAAUGUCUUCUUUAAAUUAUUAUCUAACAGUACCAGGAAACACACCAAAGAGGUCUUUGAGUCUUACUUAAAGAGAUGUCAGAGAGACAUAACAGUUGAGAUAGAGAAGCAUUACUGUGAUACAAACCAAAGUGAGGCAAGGAAAAACAUGUCUGUAAUAGCUCAAGUGAUCCGGACUGCUCCAUUGUACUUUGCCCAGACACUCCAGCGACUGCUCCCUUCCCAGGAGGUCCACAGCAUUAACAGAGCUCUGUACAUCAUAGUCUGGUCUCAUCAUAAGGGCAUACUGUCCUCUUUGAUGGAGAACUAUGAAAGCACACACUUCACUCAGCUUAUGAUGGACUUGCGUACUCAGUGUAAGAACGAGGAGGCAAGACAGCUGAUGGUGAACAUACUACAGAGACACAGGGCAGGACUACUGAACUAGGCCAUGGCUGACCAGCUUCUUUAUCUUCAAAUAACCAUACAUGAACACUUUUCGUGUCUAAACAGGGCAAAGUUACAUGAUCACAAAUUUUGAUCUUUACUGAUUGGUCAAGAUACAGUCAUGUGGGGUCAGUUAUUUCAGUGAGAUGACCUCAUAGUCAACUCUGCCAUAUUGGACCUCGAUGGCCACUGCAUGAGCUAGGUACAUCAUCACAAGUUCUCACUGUGUCUUAAUUAUUUUCAUUUAUCUUUUAAAUUCAUGAACAUAUGUAACAAAGCAGUUUUGGACUUUGUUUCGGUCACCUCUUGGCUAGGUUCUAUCCAAAGCUGGGAUAAGCUUCAGGUUGAACCUAGCCAAGGGGCGACCAAAAUGUUCAGUAAAUAAUUGUAUAAAUUUUAAUUAGCCAAUGACAAAUAUUAGAGGAGUCUGUUGAAUUUGACACCUCCCGUAUACUGAACCAUGAAUCCUGGGAAAGCUGUCAGUUAACUGGCUUAGUUGACUAGGAUUUCCAUGAGAGUGUCAUUUCACUGGAUAAGAUGUGACCAUGUAACUACAGAGCUUAGAAACAGUUCUGAGAAUUGUGAUAAAUAAUGCAAGUGCAGAGGUCUGUUGUGGUCUUCCUUAUCCAAGCACUUGCUUGUUUGCAAAAGCAACAAAUCAAAAUGUUUUACAGGACUUUCUAGUGAUAUUUAUCAAUA